AUGGAUGAAGGCACUGCCAACGAGACCAUCCCGGAUCUUAAAGACAUAGAGGUGAAAAUCGGACUGAAGACCCCCGAGGGUUUGCUCAGGUGGAUGCGGGAAGAAGCGUCCUCUCUCCGGGGAGACGCCAAGCAGAGCGCCGCGCAUGACACCAGUAAAGAGACGGGAAAGAAGAGUUUAGAUGAAAAGAUCAGGAAAUUGAAGAUGGAGAUGGUUCACUUGCGCUCGGUGGACGUGAAGAUCUUGCAGCAGUUGCUGGCGGUCCAUGAAGGCAUCGAGGCGGUGAAAUGGCUGCUGGAGGAGCGCAGCACGCUGACAAGCCGCUGCAGCAGCCUAACCAGCAGCCAGUACAGCUUGGGCGAGGGCCCGGAGACCUCCUGGAGAGGCUCCUGGAGCAGCUUGCAAGACCCCAACGACAAGUUGGAUAACAUAUCCAUUGGCAGCUACCUGGACACCCUGGCAGAUGACAUGGAUGAGUACUGCCCCUCCAGCUCGGAGUCUGUCAUCUGCUCCGCUACGCCACUGGGGAAAGGGGAGACUGGGGUUACUGCUGUCACUAGCUACGCUGGGACAGGGACUGGUAAACCAGCUGUUCACCAAGCCAAGUCUGAGGGCCCCAAGCAGGACUCUCAGAAUUGGGUGAAGGCUUCAGACACGGUUAAAGGAAGACCCGUUAUUCAGGAUAAAACCCUGGCAAUAGUUGUUAAGGCUAAUGGUGUCCUGGAGAAAUCGAUCACACAAACAGGCAGCCCAACGCGCCUCAGCAUCAACGAGAAACUGGCAACUGACCAGAGCCCCAAACUCAAACCUUACAAAAACGGAAAGAUUGACUUGGAUACUUGCAAAAUGAACGGCAAAAUGCAUAUAGAGUACGACGCACACUGGCGCUGGGUGCAGUCACAAGAAGAUGUGACGUUUUUGUAA